CUCUCGGCCUCCGCUUGCAUCACCGUAGUGUUGUUUGUGCUUGCAGUCACGCAGGAACGGCCCGAAGGUCUGGUCAGCGAGUCCAUGUCCCCGGGGUCGUCCGUGUCGUCGGGCGUGUGGUCGUGGGUCGAUGGCUCCUCGUCCUCGUCGUCGUCGUCGUCCUCGUCGUCCCGCUCGCCCGCCCACCGCUCCGCCACGCCCUCGCCGCCCCUGUGCGAGUCCUCGCCGCCCGCCACCGACGACGGCCUCGAGCUCGACGACUCGCUCUUCGAUGACGCGGUCCCCAGGAAGCGCAGGAGCUCCACCCGCACCAUGUUCAAGUGCACGUGGGCCGGCUGCCAGGAGAUGACAUCCGCCUGCGAUGCCAUUGAGAGACACAUCCGCGCCAUCCACCUCGGGCGCGAGGAGGUGAGCAGCGAGCACAGCGACAGCGACAGCGACGACGAGGAUGACCACGAGGAGGAGUUCUACUGGCGCGAGGUGGAGGUCAACGUGGCCACGUGGGUGGACCCCUGCGAGCCCCUGGUGGCGCCCGUGGUGCCCCCACCCACCCCGCCCGCGCCCCCUGCCAUGACCGUGACCGUGGCGCCAUCGCCGCCCACACCCCCGGCGGCCGUCGCCCAGCCCUUGGGCGUGGGCAUCCCGCCCGGGCCCAUCCAGCCGUCCCACCCGCAGUACAUCCAUGUGUCGUCGCCGCCCACGCUCAGCCACAUGGACAUGGCGCGCCCGCCCCACGAAGAUCCCGAGUACAGACGCCAGGCCGCCCCCAUGCCCCUCUCCAGCUCAUGGCCUCGCACCUCCACUUUCAUGGGUUCCGGACGUGGGAAGAUCCGCGUGAGUUCCUCGCCGAAGGCCUCCCCAGGGCGAGGCAAGAGGAACGGGGAGAGCCGCAAGUGCCGCAAGGUGUAUGGCAUGGAGCAGCGAGACCUCUGGUGCACACAAUGCAAGUGGAAAAAGGCAUGCAGUCGUUUCGGGGAGUGAGCCUCCGUGGGAUGUGUACAAAAUGAGUGUGUGCUUAGCUGUGUAGCCUAGAGAGAAGGUGGAGAAAAGAGAAAGAGAAAGAGAGAGAGGGGAAAUAUCUUCACUAGAGUCCACAGCUGAAUGAGCAAUUCAGUUUAGGAUAAACAAUUACUAGUGAUUUCCUCGACAGCUGGUUGUGAGGAAAGUGCUUGACACUUGUGGUAGACAGAAAUACUCCUUGCACUUUCAUAACAGAGAGGAAACAAUUUAUGUGUAAGCAUUUCCUUGCAGUCUGAGCAGUCUUACAUACAUAAGUGUAGAAGUAAGAUCACAAAAUAAAGAUGUCAUGAAUGUAGAUUACAAUCUCAUCAUAGGAAAGUCAACCAUUGGAAGCCAGAGAAAAGGGAAGCACAAGAGAACAGGCUGAACGGCAGGAUCUCCAGGUGCAGGUCGCUCCUUCGGGGAGGAGACGCAGCAGGGCCCGGCGUUGGGUGCAGGAGGAGCCCGGCCUCUCGGUGUUGUGGAUCGCUGUUAGUUUGUAAUGGCAUCUCCAAGGUCUGGUGAAAUGUGAUUUGAUGAGGGCAGAUUUUUAUCACGUUCUUGUGAUAUCUCAAAAGGUGUGUGUAUAUACUUUGUAUGUAUGUCUAUAUUUAUACAUGAACUGUGUGCAUACAUGCACAUCUACAUAAAUAUAUAUACAUUCACAUACAAAUGCAUAUACAUAUAUCUGCUCAUAUAUA